AGUGGGCGGUGCCUCAUUCCUGCGUGACGGACGAGAAACAACUCCCCGAACUUUAGAUUUUCACACAGACGGAGGAGGAGAGGAGAGGAGAGGAGAGGAGAGAAGAACCAGAACCAGGACCAGGACCAAGACCUGAGCCAGGCGCAGAGAGGAGGACCAUGGCCGCAGAGUUGAGUCAGGACGCGGUCUUACUGUUCCUCCACAGCCGCGGAGGCUCUGCCAAAAACUCCGACCUGCUCCUUCACUUCAACCACUUUAUCCGGAACAACGUGGACCGAGACCGGAACCGAGAACUCUUCAAAAAGUUCGUUAACACCGUGGCCACAGUUCGACAGGACGACGGAGUGUCUUACGUGGUUCUCAGGAAGAAAUUCAGAGGUCAGGUCCCGGCGGCAGCAGCUCCAGCAGCGGGAGGAAGAAGCUCCGCCGCGCCGCCGCGACUCCCGAGGAGCACCGAGCCUUCACCGGAGCCUCCGCCGGAGAACAGCUACCUGAGAGCGACCACGAUAAUAAAAGCAGCUUCUCAGGGAGAAACUACAGUUCUCCCUGCAGCUGGAAUCAUCCUCAACAUCAACGCUGGAGUGGAUUUUAACCAGAAGGUAACCAGGUCAUCUGAGCCCAGAGGAGGAACCACAGCAGCUCCAGAGAAGAUCCAGAUCUCUGAACACCAUGUCCGACACGAGUGCACCUCAGUGGGACAGCAGAGUCUGUGUUUUGGUCCACUUCCUGGAACCACAGUGGUGGAUCCUGUAGUCAGAGAACAUGGAGGAACCAGGCUGCUGCAAGAUGUUCCUGCAGUCAGAGAACACAGAGGAACCAGGCUGCUGCAAGAUGUUCCUGCAGUCAGAGAACAAGGAGGAACCAGGCUGCUGCAAGAUGUUCCUGCAGUCAGAGAACACGGAGGAACCAGGCUGCUGCAAGAUGUUCCUGCAGUCAGAGAACACGGAGGAACCAGACUGCUGCAAGAUGUUCCUGCAGUCAGAGAACACGGAGGAACCAGGCUGCUGCAAGAUGUUCCUGCAGUCAGAGAACACGGAGGAACCAGGCUGCUGCAAGAUGUUCCUGCAGUCAGAGAACACGGAGGAACCAGGCUGCUGCAAGAUGUUCCUGCAGUCCGAGAACACGGAGGAACCAGGCUGCUGCAAGAUGUUCCUGCAGUCAGAGAACACGGAGGAACCAGGCUGCUGCAAGAUGUUCCUGCAGUCAGAGAACAAGGAGGAACCAGGCUGCUGCAAGAUGUUCCUGCAGUCAGAGAACACGGAGGAACCAGGCUGCUGCAAGAUGUUCCUGCAGUCAGAGAACACGGAGGAACCAGGCUGCUGCAAGAUGUUCCUGCAGUCCGAGAACACGGAGGAACCAGGCUGCUGCAAGAUGUUCCUGCAGUCCGAGAACACGGAGGAACCAGGCUGCUGCAAGAUGUUCCUGCAGUCCGAGAACAGGGAGGAACCAGGCUGCUGCAAGAUGUUCCUGCAGUCAGAGAACACGGAGGAACCAGACUGCUGCAAGAUGUUCCUGCAGUCAGAGAACACGGAGGAACCAGGCUGCUGCAAGAUGUUCCUGCAGUCAGAGAACAUGGAGGAACCAGGCAGAAGCAGGUGUUAGUCCCUCAGACCCUGCAGAGCAGAGAAGCUGGUCUCCAUCAGGCUCCUCCUCCGGUUUCUUCUGUCGCUCCACGUCGAUUCAGAUACAGGCAGAGCUACAAAACUGCUGUUUCUCAAGAUGACGAUGAAGAUGAAGAAGAGGAGGAGGUCACAGUGAGGUGUGGUUCAGCAGGAGGAGUGUGGCCCUCCAUGGUUCCUCUAGAAGACUCAAGGAGGAACAUAUCUGUGUCUUCACCGUGCAUCAUAGAGUCGCCUGCACCUCCUUCUGUCACCUCUUCUUCUUCUUCAUCAGAACGAAUGCCCCCAAGGAUCUUCAUCCACGAUGUGGAAGAGGAAACACUGCACCCACGUGAGUCAGGGGUGGAGCUUGGUCACAUGUCCAGCAGACAGCGAUGGCCUUCAGAGACAGAGCGUUACACAUCAUCUCCAGACCAGGAGCGCAGGUUCUCACAGGACCAGGGUGUUCACCUGGAACCUAGACCUCUUCACAGCCAGGCUGCAAUACUGUCCUCGGGCCACAGCAGCGUCUUCUCCCCGUCUUCUGACGCCGGGUUCUCCAGCAGUGACUGGCCACCGUCCAGCACCUCCAGAGGAUCAGCGUGGAACUGCAGCUACGAGGACCUGCAGGCUCCAGAAGCUGGAACCACCAUCCUGGAAGCUUUGCAACGAGCACAGAGGACCAAUCUCACCGGCGCUAAACCCACAGCAGGCCGUCUCCAUGACAACCAGGAUUCUUCACUGCACGUGGUGCCGUGGCAUCUCUCCACAGGUGACCUCUAUGACGACCACGAGGAGGCGGAGUCGAGCGAAGGCUCCCCGUUCUCGUCUCUGAUGCAGCACCCGCUGGUCACCAGGCGACUCAACAGCAGGACGAGGGACAGGAUGUGUCGCAGCUUAGGAGCCGACCUCGACCAGCUCCUGCAGGAGGAGGCGAGAGGAGGAGGAGGAGGAGGAGGAAGUGAGGCGGCGCGACUGAACCGCCUGCACCUGCUCUCGUCCUCACUCAGCCUUCGUUACACACUCUCAUCCUCCUCUCUGUCGUCCUGCUCCUCGCCUCCUCGCUGCCAGAGCCUCGGCAACCUGGUCGAAGGAGUGGAUCGAGGAGGAGGAGGAGGCGGGGCCAGUCUCCCAACUGCCACUCCCACUGCUCACCACCAUGAAAGCAGCAGUCGACAGUCGCUGGUUCCUCUGGAGCCGCGGGAACACGAUUGGCUGGUGAAGGGGGCGUCGGGGGCGUGGCCUGACAUCUACUCCCUGUUCAGAGAAGAACCAUCUCUGCUGAACAAGCAGGACUUCAUGUCGGGCUUCACGGUUCUGCACUGGAUCGCCAAACACGGCGACCACAGAGUCCUCAACACGUUAUGGUACGGAGUUCAAAAGUCUGGUUUGAUGUUUGACGUAAACGCCAGGUCCAUGUGUGGCCACACCCCCCUCCACAUCGCCGCCAUCCACAGCAACAAGAACAUCAUGCAGCUGCUGGUGAACAAGUUUGAGGCAGAUGUGAAGCUGCGGGACACGGCGGGAAAGAGGCCCUGGCAGUACCUGAGCGGCACCGCCCCGCUCGAUGUCUUCCAGAUGCUGGGGGCGCCGGCGCGAGCUGCUCUGGGCGGAGUCAAGAGAGCAGACGGCAGCUGGGAUCAUCAUCAGCAGCAGCAGCAGCAGCAGCAGCGCCGCCGGCGCCGUCAUCACUUCUCCACGGCCUCCUCUGGACAGCGGCCGCUGACCAUCGCAGGGACCAUCAGGGUCAAGAGGUCGUCGUCCAUCGCCGCUUUACUCAAACACAAAUCACUGCGACGCUUUCACGUCAGUAAAUCUGACUCUUCCUUCUGAACAUAAUCCCGACUCACGGAUUACGUCGGAAACAUCACGAGCGCACGAACCACCUCAAAAAUCAUCUUUGGUUAAAUUUCACAACGUUUACCUGAACUUUUAAAUGGUCUCAAGGAGCCAAAGAUGUUGAAAGAAAAGGGAGAGGAGGGGCCCCCAUGAGAACAACGGAGAAUUUAGUGAAAACCCCCCUAAAUGUUAGGAUUGGCUACGUUCAGAGACUUUCACGACACCAAACUAGGCCUUGUCCCACUAACGUGCCACUUUCUAGUUUCUAGAAACGCCCCUGCUAGCUUCUGCUGGUCCUUGUUAGCGUAGUUUUAAAGUUAAUCAAUUAAAUUUUACUAACAAAUGAAAUAAAGCAAAGCUUAAAAAAAGCUUGUGACAAAAAUAACAUCAACAGGCUAGCUGUGGUAUAGUUAGCUAGCUGUGGUAUAGUUGGUUAGUUGUGGUAUUGUUAGCUAGCUGUGAUAUAGUUAGCUGGCUGUGGUAUAGUUGGUUAGUUGUGGUAUUGUUAGCUAGCUGUGGUAUAGUUAGCUGGCUGUGGUAUAGUUGGUUAGUUGUGGUAUUGUUAGCUAGCUGUGGUAUAGUUGGUUAGCUGUAGUAUGGUUAGUUAGCUGUGGUAUGGUUAGUUAGCUGUGGUAUAGUUGGUUAGCUGUGGUAUAAUUGGUUAGCUGUGGUAUAGUUAGCUAGCUGUGGUACAGUUGGUUAGCUGUGGUAUAGUUAGCUGGUGGUGGUAUAGUUGGUUAGCUGUGGUAAAGUUAGCUGGCUGUGGUAUAGUUAGCUAGCUGUGGUAUGGUUAGUUAGCAAUCUGUGGUAUAGUUGGUUAGCUGUGGUAUAGUUGGUUAGCUGUGGUAUAGUUAGCUAUCUGUGGUAUAGUUGGUUAGCUGUGGUAUAGUAAGCUAGCUGUGGCAUAGUUGGUUAGCUUUGGUAUAGUUGGUUAGCUAGCUGUGGUAUAGUUAGCUGGCUGUGGUAUAGUUGGUUAGCUGUGGUAUAGUUAGCUAGCUGUUACUGUUGGUUUCUUCCAAAGUCAAAUGUUUAUGACGAGACAUAUUUUAAGUUCUAAUUGUAAAACCUUGAGUUUGGCUAAGCCAGCUAGCAUACAGGUAAUGUUAACGUAAUGCUACUUUUCCAGAGACAAAUGAUUCCGAACUCCUUAUGACUAAAUUAUCAAUGUAUUAGCUUAAGUUGUAAAAUGAACAUCUUUUUAGUUAAGCUAUUAUAACUAACUGUGCUAGCUAUGGACAGGUUAGCUAGCCAUGGCUAGCCUUGAGUUAUCUUAAUAUUUAUGUCUCUCUAUGUGAAAGUGUUGAACUCAGGAAAAAUAGAUAGUUGUUGUCUUUUAACUUUAUAAAACCAACAUUAUGAUCUACACUCACCUGUACUUGCUAGUUAAAGCAAAUUUAGUAUUCACUUCACUUUAGUAUUCACUUCCCUAACACUAACACUAACACUAUAUAAAUGUGUAUAUAUAUAUAUAUACAUGUACAUAUUUUUUAAACGUCAGCACAGCUGGUGAAAUCUGAGCUUUAAGAAACUUUACACUCAGGGAGGCGUAAACAUGUAAAGUUCUCUGUGUUUACAGAUUAUUUCCAAAACUUUCAAAAACAGUAUUAACUUUAAAAAAAAGGUGAUUUAAUUAAAGCAAUUAGAACAGAAAAAUUCAGCAUUUAAUUGACAGUGAAUCAUCGUCGUCAUUACUCCAGAAAACAUUGUCAUGUUUUUACUGGACGUGUGUGUGCGUGUGCCUGCGUGUGUGUGCGUGUGCGUGUGCGUGUACCUGCAUGUGUGUGUGUGCGUGUGCGUGUGCGUGUGCGUGUGCGUGGAGAAGAAAAGACGCUGGAGGACGUACACGACGCUGCUGCUGUAACACAAGCUUCAGUUUCACAUUCAUUCAUUCACAGACACAGACGACACCUGGACUCAUUAAUACAUUAUUUUCCUCACUGAUUGACUUUGUUUCUUUUUUUUAGUUUUUAGUUUUUCUUCCACAGGUAAAAGCAGCUUUGUGGUCUCACAGGUGAUUUUAAAGGGACAGUUCAGACACUUUUAUCAUGUUGUAAACUCAGGUGUAAAAAUAUCGUCGUUUGCGUUCAUGUUUUUUUUUUUCCCCGACUUUUCAACUGGAACGCGGUGAUGUCACGUCUGAUUUUCGUUGUACAUGGAAUGCAGCGAUCGUCUCUUAGCAACUACACAUCCCAUAAUCCUGUGCUUUAGGCCCAGAGUUUAGACUUUAUUAUUUUAUCACAUUGCUAAGCCCCGCCCUCUCUGACCCUGAAGCCCACUUGUGUUUGGAGUUUGUUUUUUUGUUAGUGCCACACACAGGCCUGGCAUAUGUGUGAUGAUCUUAAACAAGAAACUAAACGAGGAACUUCAUGGAUUCAUUUACAGUGUUUAACACCGGAGCUUAAGCUUUUAUUGUGAAAUAACUGAUACUGUGCUACACACACACACACACACACACACACACAGAAACCUGUGGAAUGUAUAGAAUGUCAUGACAUCAUUAAAUGAGCUCAGGAUCCACCAGCAGA